CUUGUGAUACAUUCAGCCGUGUGGCAUUGUUUCCUGUCUUCCUUCAUUUUCCAGGCAAGGAGACCUGGCCUCAAAAUAUUCCUACAUACUUUCCUUCUUGAGUUAUUCCUGAUAGCUUUUUCCUCCCUUCCUCUGCCACCACAUGGAUCCUUUCCUCUCUAUAGGCACCAGCCUCAUUAUAACAACUGGAUUUCUUCAGAAACAGAAGAACUCCCCCAUCUCUUGGUAUUCCUCCUGGCCCAAAACACACACAUGCCUAGUCUAUGCCAAGUUCCUUGAGAGGCUUUUUAUUUUUUAAUGCAUUGUUUCAAUAGAUAAUAUAUUCAUAAUCAUAUAUCAAUAUAUCAUACCCAUUAGGUAAAAUGUACAUAUUUGUAUGAUUCAAAAUUCAAAAUAUAUAAAAAGAUAUAUAGUGGGAAGUAUCCCUCUUGCUUCUUUUGCUCAGCACCUGCUUCAUCUCCCUAGAGGGAGCUAAAUCAGUCUUACCGGUUUCUUAUAUAUCCUUCCAGAAAUAUUUUGUGCCUGAAAAAGCAUACAUAUAUAUGUUCCCUUUUAAGCAUAAAUAUUACCAUACUAUAAACACUGUUCUACAGCUUGCUUCUUUUAGUUAAUAUUACAUCUUAAAGAUCAUUCCAUAUCAAUACUUAAAGCACGCCCUCAUUUCUUUUUUCUAUAUUGCAUAAUAUUCCAUCAUAUGAAUAUACCCUAAUUUACCUAACCAGUUCCCUGUGGAUGCACAUUUAGGUUGUUUCCAGUGUUACUAUUACUAACAAGGCAAUGAAUGACUGUGAAUAUGUUACCUUGUAGGUACGUGAAUACAAUUAUAUGGUAAAUACCUGGAAGUCAAAUUAUUGGAUCUAAGGGUUUUGAAGGGUCUAAUCUCAAAUAGUUGUCAUAUUUGGAAUGAGCUGAUAAAAUAAUUCCUCUAAAUCUGUUAACAUAUUAAUAGAAGAAAUAUUGAAGAUCAAAAAUCUUUAGUACCUUUAUUUUUAGGUGCUAUAAGCCAGUGAGAGAGAUACUUUAGGGAACAGGGAUAUUCCUAGAAAUGUAACUUGGUGAUUCUUUAUUGAAGAUCCGUAGUGUGCUAGGGACUUUGCUCAAUUCUAGAAAGCCAAAGAUGUAUAAAACACGAAGACAUAACAGUGGAGCAAGGGAGAUUGUCUUCUGCCAAUAAGAUGUGAUUCGUCAGAGAGUGGCAUGCUGUCCCGUCUGGGUGAUCUGCUCUUCUACACUAUUGCUGAGGGACAGGAACGAAUCCCUAUCCACAAGUUCACUACUGCACUGAAGGCCACUGGACUGCAGACGUCAGAUCCCCGGCUCCAGGACUGCAUGAGCCAGAUGCGCCGCAUAGUUCGAGAGACCAGCAGUGGUGGCCUCUUGGACCGAGAUCUCUUCCGAAAGUGUGUGAGCAGGAACAUUGUGCUCCUGACCCAGGCAUUCCGAAAGAAGUUCGUCAUUCCUGAUUUUGAGGAGUUCACGAGCCAUGUGGACCGCAUCUUUGAGGAUGCCAAAGAGCUCACUGGAGGCAAAGUGGCGGCCUACAUCCCUCAGCUGGCCAAGUCAAAUCCAGAUCUGUGGGGCGUCUCCCUGUGCACUGUGGAUGGUCAGCGGCACUCCGUGGGCCACACAAAGAUCCCCUUCUGCCUGCAGUCCUGUGUGAAGCCCCUCACCUAUGCCAUCUCCAUAAGCACCCUAGGCACUGACUAUGUUCACAAGUUCGUGGGCAAGGAGCCCAGCGGCCUGCGCUACAACAAGCUCUCCCUCAAUGAGGAAGGAAUCCCCCAUAACCCCAUGGUCAAUGCUGGUGCCAUUGUUGUGAGCUCCCUGAUCAAGAUGGACUGUAACAAAGCAGAGAAGUUUGAUUUUGUCUUGCAGUAUCUGAAUAAAAUGGCUGGGAAUGAAUACAUGGGUUUCAGCAAUGCCACAUUCCAGUCAGAGAAGGAAACAGGGGAUCGGAAUUAUGCCAUCGGCUAUUAUCUAAAGGAAAAGAAGUGCUUUCCUAAAGGGGUGGACAUGAUGGCUGCCCUGGAUCUCUACUUCCAGCUGUGCUCCGUGGAGGUGACCUGUGAAUCAGGCAGUGUCAUGGCAGCCACCCUGGCCAAUGGCGGGAUCUGCCCCAUCACAGGCGAGAGCGUGCUGAGCGCUGAAGCAGUGCGCAACACCCUCAGCCUCAUGCACUCCUGCGGCAUGUAUGACUUCUCGGGCCAGUUUGCUUUCCAUGUGGGCCUGCCAGCCAAGUCAGCUGUGUCAGGAGCCAUCCUCCUGGUGGUGCCCAAUAUCAUGGGAAUGAUGUGUCUAUCACCUCCCCUGGACAAGCUGGGGAACAGCUAUAGGGGUGUCAGCUUCUGCCAAAAGUUGGUAUCUCUCUUCAAUUUCCACAACUAUGACAAUCUGAGGCACUGUGCUCGGAAAUUAGACCCACGGCGUGAAGGGGGAGAAAUUCGGAACAAGACUGUGGUGAACCUGUUAUUUGCUGCCUAUAGUGGAGAUGUCUCAGCUCUUCGAAGGUUUGCCUUGUCAGCCAUGGACAUGGAACAGAAAGACUGUGACUCCCGCACAGCCCUGCAUGUUGCUGCAGCUGAAGGACACACUGAAGUUGUUAAAUUCCUGAUUGAGGCUUGCAAAGUGAAUCCUUUUGUCAAGGACAGGUGGGGCAACAUCCCCCUGGAUGAUGCUGUGCAGUUCAACCACCUGGAGGUGGUUAAACUGCUCCAAGAUUACCAGGACUCGUACACACCAUCUGAGACUCAGGCUGAAGCAGCAGCUGGGGCCCUGUCCAAAGAGAACUUAGAGAGCAUGGUGUGAGCAUGGGGCAUGCACAGUCCCUGCACAAGAAAAAGCACGAGCUGGCCACACACUUAACAUAUAACCACCAAACAUGCUACAGAGGGCCGCACUGCUUCAGUGGGGG